UCUUACACCCUCCCGUCACGAGCCCCAUGCCUAACUUUUCCCCUCUAUUUGCUAAAACCGAACAAGUGAACACUGUGACAGAAGUCUACAACCAGCCAUGGAGGAGACCUCUGAGAAAAUCCCUAUUGCUUUGGCCGGACCUGAGGAUUUACAACAGUUCAUGCCACCUGCGUACGCCACUGUCGCCGUGAAGCCCUCGAGCUCCGUGCGCGUGCUCAAGAUCGCCGUGGGCGCGCUGAGUAUCGGGGCCGUGCUCUUGCUGCUCGGAGCCGUGGGUGCCUUUUACUUCUGGAAUGACAAUGACAAGCACGUGGUCAAUGUCCACUAUAGCAUGAGCAUCGACGGUAAAGUGGAGGAGGGCUCCAUGGAGAUUGACACAGUGAACAACUUAGAGAGGUUCACAACAGGCAGCAAAAAUGAUGAAGCAGUUGAAGUCCAUGAUUUUCAAAUCGGAAUUACUGGAAUCCGUUUUGCUGGAGGAGAGAAGUGUUACAUCAAGACUGAGGUCAAAGGUCACCUUCCAGACCUGGAAUCUCUGAACAAGGGGUCCCUGACAUUUGACCUGGAGGAUGAGGUCAUGCCUGCCAAGUUCGUAGAAGACCCUCUAAUCUGGGUCGCAGCUGAUCAGCCCCUGAAAGACACCAGCUUCCUCAGUGCCAAGAUUUUGGACCUCUGCGAUGACGUGCCCAUCUUCUGGCUGCGUCCUAGCUACCCAAACAGAGAGCAGAAGAAACCAGUUCCAAGGGCCAGACGUCAGGCUCCGGGAGACGACGACCGCACUCCAUUCAACCCUAACAACCCUUACCAUCGUCGUGAGGGUGAGGACAGCCCUAUGACGGUUGACACCAUGCUGGACCACACAGGUGUGUGCUGCUCCGAGUGUCGCCGUAGCUAUACACACUGCAUGCGUAUCUGCGAGCCUCUGGGUGGACACCAAUCGUGGCCAUACAACUACAGAGGCUGUAGGCAAGCGUGCCGUCUCAUUAUGCCAUGCAACUGGUGGGUGGCUCGCAUCAUGGGCCUCGUCUAAAGGCUCCACAGAGGACGAACUCACAAAGAAAGCUAGUUUUCAACAUAGAAGCCUCAUCACAAGCAUCACUUUAUUAUGAUGGGGUCUAAAGUAUUAGAAUAUAGGUUGUAUUCAGUAUGCGAGUCUGUUAUUGAACCGUGCCACCAUUGCUGGGGAACAAUGUGAAGGACUUUUGGUUGGCUUCAAAAAAUAUGAACAAUGUACAUUAAAGGAUUAGUUAUUGGGAAAGAAUUCUAAUGUAUAGUUGUACUUAGUGAGCAGCCAAGAUAUUUUACUCUUCUUUUUUUUUUCCUCCUUCUUUUCUUUCUUUUUUUUUUGUGUGGCACCAUCAAGUUAAUAAGUCAUGAAAGUCAUUCAUGCCCACAAUCAAUGUGAUGUGAACUAAAGUAAAGCAUUCUUUUUCUUCUGAUGUAAAUAUAUGUAAUAAGUUGCUUCAGAACGCAGCAGACAAAUCUUUGAAUCGCAAAAGUAUAAACGCCUAAAUAUGAGAUAUUUAAGAUUUAACACUUGCUAGAUUUAAAACCAUUUUGUUUCCUUGGAUAUUGCUUUUGAUGCGACAUAAAACGACUUCUGGCCUUUUUUUAUGUUGACAUCAGACAAAUAUUGCUGCUUUGAAAGUGCUGUUUCAAUAUAAAAGUGUAAUAAAGAUCUUUUUCUACAUUAAAAAUGAAUUACGUUGUCUCUGCUUUAGCAAUUGUUUCAUUCAGUGGUGAAGGCCAGAACUUGGGGGGGG